AAGUUAAAGUCAUGUUAAAAUCGUUUUUCAGUUGCUCCAGGCACUUUGGGCGAUUAAGAAGACCGCCGCCGCGACAAAAUGUUCAAAUUCCCAUAGAAAACGUGACAUAAGGAGUGUGGCACGUAUGUCGCGUUUUAUCAUACUCAUACGCUACCCCACCAACAAGGAAGCGUACAAGGCUAGCGAUAAUGAGAAAUGUAAACACAAAACACAAUGACAACAAACGAUUUCCAUUUGGCGCCUUCGUAUACAGGCGACUUCCGGUUUGAAGCGGAUAUUGAAAUUUAUGCCAUUUAUUCGCAGCAAAGCGGCGAAAUUCCUUUGCCUAAGAGCUGUGCGCGUGUGAGUGAGAAGUUCAGAGUUCAUACGAAAAGAGAGUGCGAGAGACUUUAAAAAGUGCAGAGAACCAAAACGGAAAGUUUUUCUAUGAUUUAUUGGCCAUGCCAUAUGAGUGUUCACAUUUAGCAUUGAACAAUAAAUCAGACAAGCACAUGUGAUAAUGAUAAAUGCCCCAAAUCAAGGGAUAAAUUAAGAAAUAAUAAUAAAAACGAUACGUGCCGCUACAAAAUGGGUUACAGUUUCGAAAGCGAUCGUUUAUCAUUUUCGGAGCCGGAUUUGACAGUUGCCAAAAAGCACAACGACCGUUUCGCCAUCAAACAUCUUCACGAAUACAUAUCCGUAGAUCAAUUAAAAUUUUACCGUAGACGAAAACCACCAGAGCUUUUGACGAAAAGCAGCAUCUGCCUUUCACAUCCAAAUCCAAUUGUUAAAAAUAAUGAUAUCGUGCUUCCACGUAAGCCAACGUUAAAAACCGAAUACACAGGAAAAUUUCAAAAUUUACCUUUGGCACGCAGAACACAAUCACUUAGGAGAGCCACUUCAUUGCGCCUGGAAGGUUUAAUGCCCUUGAAUCGAUCAGAGCAUCAGGAUUGUUUUCAUUGGUUCUCGCCAGAAGACUGGAAAAGCUGUCGCUCCUACCCCAUGAGAAAACCUGAUAUUCUACGCUUGGCUGGGCCCUGUGAAAUGGAACCCGAAUAUCGUUCAUCAUACAUCACAUAUCCCAUGGUAGAUCGAGCUACAAAAAUUCUGCCCCGAGAAAUGUUUCGUAUACACUCACCACCGAAGCCUCCCAAGCCAGAGAACAACGCCCCGGACGAAAUCGAAAUAAUUCAAAAAGUCACCGAAGAUAAAAUGCAAAGAGAGCGAGCCGCCGAACAGCAGCUAGAGUGUCACUUGCAAAAGCGAGCCGCCACCGACGAGCAACAACCGAAAGUUUCACCUUCGGAGUACGCCCGCCAAUAUGUCACACCAUACACUAGCGAAAAGGCCCACUCCAUUCCACAAAUGAGUCACAUUAGGAUGCAGGGAAAUUUUCAUGCCGUACCCGAAUACCAGGAUAGUUUCAAAAUGUAUGCCAACUACACUAAGCCAGAGGCCAUACGCAAGGCUGACAAUUUGGUUAUCUCGGGCUCUGAGAUUCAAAUGCCAGAUGAAUCGGAGAAUGUCAUGCCCGAAUAUAGGGCAAAGUUUCAUCAGCCGCCCAGAGACUUGGAAAAGGAGAAGCCUUUGAAAACGGAGGAUCAUCUCAAACCCAGUGGACAAUUUUCCACAGAUGUGCCAGAAUAUUACGAGAGCUUCCGGGAUCCCCAAGUAAAACAAAUACCCGAGAAGGGUAAAUGUCGCGAAAAUUAUCUACAUCUAAAGGGCAAGCUGGAAUUUAAUCCGGAAUACAGGAACAACUAUUUGGAUUUUCCCCGCUCAAGGCCAGUGGUGUCGAAGCCAACCUCCUCCUUUCGUUUGCCCAACUCAAAUACCGCAAAAACCCAAACAUCCCCUUUGACGCCACCAAAAUUCGAAGAUGAAUCAAAAUCCUCUUUGAGUGUGGUAGAAGCCGAUGCCGAUAUAACCAACUCACCUGAAUACAGGAAAGCCUGUUAUCAAUACCAAAUUCGAGAAAGAUCUCCAACCCAAAAGGCCAUACCGGAGACCGCGUCUAAGGAUGUCAAGAAAUUCAAUCGAAAUGAACGCAAAUCACCAUUGCCACAGGCAAAAGCUGCAAGCAGUAAUUAUCAUCCGCGUAAGACCUCCAUACUGGACUCACAAUCUUCCUCUCCAGGUAUGGAGAAUUUAGGUCAGAUACGUAACAAGGCUCCCAGAUUUGGGCGGCGCGCUGGCGAUUCAGCCUUAAGGAAUGCCGAAAAUUGUCGUUCGAACACCUCGAUCAUAGAGGGAAAUCCUAAAUACGCCCUAACCCAACGCAAAGACGCAUUCAACUCUGAUAGUAUCCAUGACUCCUUUGUGGUCUUGGAUAAUAAACCCUGCAAACGUUCCCACUGGAUGUAAUAGUUUCUUAAGUUGCCCAUUAAUACCGAAACGAUGCAUAUCACCACACAAAAAAACGAAAAACAACCUCCCAUAUCGUAUGGGAAAACUGCCACCUUACAAUUAUAAAUAAAAUAUUAUAUGGAGAUUGA